AACAAUAUCCUGCCAAAAUAUGCUUGAAACACUUAUCAUAAUAGCUGCCUCAGUCCGUAUCUAGUGGAUGUUGUCCACCCCUCCAGCUGGGGCUCUCGGCCCAAAUCGACCGAAGCUCGCCUGUUCUCUCUGCGCUCGUCGCAAGGUGAAAUGCGACAAGAGCGAGCCGUGCUCUAACUGCCUCAAGGCGCAUGCUCAGUGUAUAUACGAAGCCCCGGCUUCGCCUCGACCACGAAAGAGGGCUCCUGAUGAAGAGCUUCUCGCACGACUAGCCCGCUACGAAGAACUCAUGCGGAAUCACAAUAUCGAUUUCUCCUCACACACCCACACCUGGAUCCCUCCAAACCAGAAGUCUCAACCGAAGGAGAGUCAUUUAGCGGGCUCACGCGCUGAGAAUAUCAAUGAAGCUAGUGUCCAAGUAUCAUCACUGCUUACGGAUGACACGACCGCAGAAAGAGAACGAUGUUUGUGGUCGGAUCUCAGGCCAGAGCUCAAGUAUCCCUCUAUUCAGAGCCUCGGACACAAGGAUGACCCCGCCCUGUAUCCUACUCCUUCCCUUGGAGAGGCUAUCGCUGAUACGCAAAGCAUCCAUGACUACCAUCCCGAGCCAAAGCACAUUUACCGGUUGUGGCAGAUCUUCGUAGAAAGAAUCCACCCGAUGACAAAGAUCGUCCAUGUGCCUACCCUACAGCAGCGUGUCUUGGAUACUAGCUGCAAUUCAUACUGCGCAUCCAAGCCACUGACCGCUAUCUUAUUUGCUAUCUAUACCAUUUCAAUCACCUCUAGCUCACCCGGCGAAUGUGAGACGUAUUUUGGCCUGCAAAAGGCCGUUCUCUUGAGACAAUACCGAAUCGCAACUCUGCGUGCUCUCAUUGCAGCAGACUUUCUCACAACCACCGACCUUGAAGUUCUACAGGCACUGGCAUUAUUCCUUUUCUCUAACCCAAGAUGUGAUUUAACAACCACCCUGUCCGGCGCCGCCCUUCGGCUAGCCGAGAAGAUGGGCCUACAUCAAGACACAUCUGACCCCAACAUAACUAUCUUUGAGAAGGAAAUGCGCAUUCGUCUAUGGUGGCAGCUCCGCGGCCUCGAAGCUCGGUGUCGCAUUAGCUCUACACCAGGGAUGAAGCCACCACCCUCUUCCGAGAUAGGCGAUGUCCGCCUCCCACUUAACGUCAACGACGCGGAUCUGCACCCGGACAUGACUGAGCCUCCUCUGGAACACAAAGGUCCCACAGAAAUGAUCUGUGUCUUAUUGAAAAUGGAUGUUUCCAACUGGCGUCGACGCUCUCCGACAGCUUCUCAGCUCAUCGAAAGUGUGAUGCAAGGCUCGGUCAAGUCUAAGGAGAUAAUCGAACUGGAGAGCAAAGCGGUUGACGAGCUCAACGACAUAUACUGUUGGAGAAAUACUCGUAAUUCUGAUCCACACAUCCCCCUUCAUAGCCUAACUCAAGCCAUUGCGAAUCUCUCAAUUGCGCGGUUCAGGUUCAAAAUUCAUCAUCCUCGCCGACGGUUCGGCGCAGCUGGCAACGAGAUCUAUAUCACACGUGACGAACGUGACAUUCUGUUUGAAUCAGCCCUGACCUGGGUACAAUCCAUGAUGAAUAUUAGAAUACGCAGCAAGUUUCCCUAUUACUUGUUCACGCACUUCACGACAGAUACCUACAUGGACGCUUAUAUCCACAUUCUGCUUGAGCUGCGGCAACGACGCUCCGGGGACCGCGUAUCACUUGCUUGGCAGCUGGUAGAGGACCUCUUCAGCGAACAUCCUGAGCUUAUCGAUGACAGUAACCCUUUCUUUGUUUCGUUCACAGACUUGGUUUUGGAUGCAUGGGAAUCUCGCAGUUACGAGCUGGAUAAAAGCCAGGGAGCUUUAGAAGCCGUCGCCACGCCUCGAUUUAUCCAACGACUCUUUGAUAAGAAGCGUAACAACCGUCUGAGUGAUUUGACUUCCGGCUUGGAUUUACAUAACCCGGGGGGGUUUGAGUUGCAGGACGAAGAGGAUACUAGUUGGCUGUCUUGGGGAGACUUCCUUCAGUUGUGA